CCCCCCCGGGAGCGGCCCCGGGGCCCCCCCCGCCAGCGCCCCCCGCCCCCAGGCGGCCCCAAAACCCCCCCGGGCACCGGCCGCUCCGGUCCCGUCCGCUCCCCGCCGGGCUCUCCAUGAGAACCGAGCCCCGAUGGCCGCGCUCCCGAGCGCCGGGAUCAAGCGCAAACCGGAGGAUGCGGGACCGGGAUCGGGAUCGGCCGCGUCCAGCGGCGCCGCCUCGGACGACGAGAUCGCCACGAGCGACAGCGGCGACAGCUGCGACAGCGGCGGCAGCACCGGGAGCGCCGCCCCCCCGUCCAUCCUGCGGCGCUCCCGGGCGCGCCGGGGCGGGAAGCGCGUGCGCUUUGCCCAGGUCACCGUUUAUUACUUUGCCCGGCGCCAGGGCUUCACCUGCGUGCCCAGCGCCGGGGGCAGCUCCCUGGGCAUGGCCCCGCGGCACCACCGGGCCCGCAGGUACAGCCUCAGCCAGUUCGCCCACCUGCGCCAGGUGAGCCACCGGCAGCACCUGCAGCAGCACCUGCGCCGCGAGAAACUGCGCGCCAGGAGGAGAGAGCUGACCCAGAACGGGACAGUGCCCUCGGCCGAGGCGGCGGGGCUGACCCUGGCCGACGUGUCGGACGAUGACCUGGACGUGGGCCAGGUGGAGGUGGGCGAUUAUUUCUACCUGCAGCCGCUGCCCACCAAGCGGCGCCGGGCGCUGCUGCGCGCCUCGGGCGUGCGCAGGAUCGACGCCGAGGAGCGGCAGGAGCUCCGCGCCCUGCGCCUGUCCCGCGAGCAGUGCGGCUGCCACUGCCGGCUGACCUGCGAGCCCCGAACCUGCGCCUGCAGCCAGGCCGGCAUCCAGUGCCAGGUGGAUCGCACUUCGUUCCCGUGCGGCUGCUCCCGGGACGGCUGUGGGAACGUGGCCGGGCGCAUCGAGUUCAAUCCCCUGCGCGUCCGCACGCACUUCCUGCACACCCUGAUGAAGCUGGAGCUGGAGAACCGGCGCCAGGAGGAGGAGGAGGAGGAGGAGGAAGGAGCUGCAGGCCCCAGCUGGCCGCCCCCCCAGCCCCCCGAGACUCAGGACUUCCAGGAGUACCUGGCGGAGAACGAGCGGGCGGUGCUGCACCUGCAGACGGCCGAGGAGCUGGAGAGGCUGAAGGCUGAGGAAGACUCUGGAAGCGGCUCCGGGGGAGAGGGGGGCGGGCUCUGCGUGCUGGGGGAGCACCUGGAUGACGCCUGGCAGGUGAAACCUGCGCCGUGCCCCGGGCUCAGCUCCACCCUCCUGAUCCCGGCCCAGUUCCCGCUGGAAUCUCCUGUGCUCUGCUACCCCCAGGGGCAGCCGGCCCAGGGCGGCUCCUCCCAGCCCUACCUGCCCGAUGCCCCUGGGCUCUUGUGCCAGCUGGAGCCACGGGCGGCUGCCAAGGGUGCCAGUGGGCACGGGGAGCACCCAGCUCCAGCCUCCAGCGCCCCCGGGAAGGAGCUGGGGGUGCCGCCUGUCCCUGCGGCUGCGAGCAAGGAAGGGGCGCCCCAAAAUCUCCCAGAGCACCUGGAGCACCCCCACCUGCCCGUAUGAGUGGCCUCAGGCCCUCUGGCUCCAUUAUUUAUUCCAUGGAUUGAUUAUUUAAUUGGUGGGGGCUGCUCUGGACAGAGGAUUGACCUGGCCCAGGGCCAGGAGUCCUUUUCUCACCUGGUGGGGGUCACCUGUGCCAGGACUCACCUGAGCUGCAGCCUCUGGGAUCCUUCCUGUUCUCCAUCCCACCUGGCAGAGAUCACCUGAGCCAGGACUCACCUGAGCUGGAGCCUCCUGGAUCCCACAGCAGCUCUGUCCCUGUGGCUGCCUCCACUUUCCUUGGUUUUAAGGGAAAAUCCGUUUUUUCCCUAAUUCCUGUUUGUUUAAUGAAUGUCUCACCUGGGCCACCUCAUCCAAGGUGAUGCUUCCACUCACCUGCAGCUGGGAUGGAUUGGGAAACACCUGGAACUGGCACAAGAGACCCAAGACUGGAGUCCCCAAACUCACCUGGAAAAUUCUGGGGGGGGGGUUGAACCAACUUCACCUCCUCGUUGGCUCCUCCAUCGCCUGGAACUGAUCACCUGUACCUGUGGGAACCUUCUGGAACAUUCAUUGCCGUGAAUUGCAGCUGCUGAGGGGAUGGAGCUGCCCCUGCAAGAAGCAGGAUUUGGGAUGUGAGGGUGCAGGAGCGUCCCUGGCCCACUGCAGGUGAGCUCUGGGCAUCCAGGUGAGCAAUUCCAGCAGGAGCAGAGCCCUGCAGGUGUGCCCAGGUGUCCCAUGGAUGCAAUGUCUGAUCCCUGAGCUCUCAGCUGCCUCCUUGUCCAUCCAUCCAUCCAUCCAUGCAGGUGGCCUCACCUGGCUGUGUUUCCCAAAGAACUGUUCCUGCCUCUGCAGCCCUCAGGAUCCAUCCCACGGCGCCAGCAGAGCCCUGCAGGUGUGCACAGGUGUGCACAGGUGUGCACAGGUGUGCAGCUCCUGCUCUUCCUGGUGCACCUGAAUUCCCUGUGCUGCUCCUCAGGUGCUUCCUGCUCACCUGUGCUCCCUCUGCCUCCGGGCAUCUCCACUGGCACCAAACUGGUCAGACUGGCAUGGAUUCAGCCUCUCCAGGUGUGGAUUCUCCAGACUCACCUGGUCCUUCCAGCCCUUCCUUGGAUGGGAUUCAUGGGACACCCACCUGUGCUCCAGACCUUCCUGGGCUCUGCCUUGGGGUGAAACUUCUCAUUUCUGGGGCUUUUCCCUCUUUUAUGGCAUCAGCCUGGCCCAGGAGCAAUUCCAGCCUGGGAAGAGGCAGGAGAGGGGGAAAUUUGGGAUAUGAGCUGGGGCUGCCCUGCUCUGCUGGCUCUGAGCCCCGGGGCUUUGCUCACCUGGAUUCUGGGAUCUGCUCACCUGCUUGGGACUGAGCCCCAAAGCCUGCAUUCUGCUCACCUGGACCCUGCAGACUGUGGGAUCUGCUCACCUGAGCACACCCAGGAUCUGCUCACCUGCUUGGGACUGUGCCCCAAGACCUGCAUUCUGCUCACCUGGACCCUGCAGACUGUGGGAUCUGCUCACCUGAGCACACCCAGGAUCUGCUCACCUGCUUGGGACUGAGCCCCAAAACCUGCAUUCUGCUCACCUGGACCCUGCAGACGGUGGGGUCUGCUCACCUGGACCCUGCAGACUGGGAUCUGCUCACC